CUGGGAUGACUGUUUACGCACAUGCAUUAGGCCCAGUUUUCUUAGAACACGACUCAUGUAAUUUAUGUUCACGUAUGAAUAUGUUCUUGCAUUGUGUUUACCUACAUGUAUAUCUAACACCUAACCUAUCCAACAUUUAAAGCGUAUGCCCGCGCUCUGUGAAAGGGGGUUUAAUGCAUGUGCGUAAAGUGUCGUCCAAGAUAUGCCUGUGCAGUCCACACAGGCUAAUCGGGUACGACACUUUCCAUCUUUACUGGAUUUUUGCGAAGAAAUAUCUUUCUGUACACGAAAAAUAUCAUAGAAGCGGAAAGUUUCGUCCCUGAUUAGCCUAAGCGUACUGCACAGGCUAAUCUGGGACGACACUUUACGAACAUGCAUUAAACCCCGUUUUUUUUACAGAGAAUAGUCCAUAUACUUUCAACGGUGCACCUUUAAUAUUGUGUAUGAAUGUUCUAACAUCGUAUAUUCAGGUUUCUAAUCUAAAUGUCACCGCAAAUGUUUGACAUAGAUUGCCAUUUAUCCUCUGUCAAGAUUGCCCAUCUAAACAUGGCUGUAACAGAUAAGACGGGAAACUAAUAAAAGCAAACGAAGGGCAGGCUAUAACAAAAUUAUGUGGUCAAUUUAAACGUACGUCAACAUGGUUAAGAGGGGAGUUUAAAUAGUAACGUCAUUUAAAUUAAUUGAUUGAAGAUUAGUUGGUACAUUGUGAUUUAGAUAUUCGUAAAACCCUCAUUUAUUCAUGCUAAUGCUUGUGUAUAUACAAAGUGAUAAACUCGGUCCAAGAGCCAGAUACAUUUACUCCCUUUGAAUUUACAUGUUAUGGACUUAAAUAAUGGAAACCAGCCAUUUACAUGACUUAUGAAAUUUCCCACAGUUAUAUCUGUUUUACUUAAGCAGAAUUCUGUGGAUCGUUGCGAAUGGACACGGACAGUAAUCAGUGUACAUGCCACGUGUAUGGAACGUAAAUAUUGUGCAUUUAAUCAUAUGUUGUUACAUGUGUUAUUGAUACCUGCGUCAUGAGAUCGAGAAUUCAACUCGGAGUUGUUGCUGGAAUGGUAGGGGCAGUAGUGUUGUUGUCGGUUGUGAUUUUGCGACGACCUGGUGAUUUGCUUGGUGGAACAUCGUGCGUCCAACCGCCGGAACCCGUUUAUGGAGAGCCUCUCUUUCGGAGAAGCAUUGAUGUCGCAAAUGACGAUGAAAGUGUAUCGCUUCAAAAUACAUUGAGGGAUGAAAGGAAUAAACUGUCUAAAGACCUCAACGAAAUGAAGCAGACGCUUGGACGCAUGGAUUGUGAGAAAGAGGAAAGUAAGACCAACUCGGCCGGCGGUUGGUGCAAGAAAGCGAGCUCAGAGGACGGUGGAGAACACAUGACCGAUAUGCCUCUUAUCAAGAAACUUACCACAUUUCUAAAGGGCAAAAAAGUCGGCAGCUUCGGUGAUGGUCCUGGCGCCUACAAACGCGAGCUCUUAAAACUGGGUGACGUGUCUUCAUAUGACGCAUACGACGGCGCCCCCUAUUGUGAAGAGACGAGCGAGGGGCGCGUCAGGUUCAUGGAUCUUACCGUACCACAAUACGGAAUUUCCAUGUACGACUGGAUCAUAUCUCUCGAGGUCGCAGAACACAUCCCAAAAUCAUACGAACCAGUCUAUAUAGCUAACAUUGUGAGGCACAGCAGGGAAGGAAUCAUUAUCAGCUGGGCUAGACCAGGUCAGGGAGGGCUGGCACAUAUCAACAAUAGACCUCUCUCAUACGUGGUUAGUCUCAUGGAGCACCAUGGAUUUUUUCACGACAAGAAUGCAUCUAACACGUUGCAAAUGGCUUCAUCAUUUGGAUGGCUUAGAGACAAUUUAAAUGUUUUUAGAAGAGAAAAGGAACACAAUUUAAAAUUAAUUGAACAGUGGUAUACAUAAUUCUCCACCAAUAAAUGUAAAUGUUAAACACCCGUGUUUUCCGUCCCACCAAUGUUUUUGUCCCUGUUAAAAUGCACGAGGCUUCUAACGCUAUCGUAUGAACAAAGGCAAUGAUAAAUGAUAAACGUGGCUUUCAAAUAAACAGUAAGCAAAGCUAGUUAGAUCUGUUAUUUAUAGUAAUAACUGUAUGAUUUGCAUGACAAUUACGACAAUUAUAUUAUUAAGAAGAGUAUUUAAAUACUUUUUAUCUCGUUAAAUAUAAACAUAAAUCGGGAAGGUUGAAGAACUCUGAGGUGUAUAGACAAUCUGAAUGUGUGUACUGGAAACAACUUAGCUGCAUAAACUUAUUUAUUAAUAUUUUGGUAAACCGAUCAAAAAUGCAUCCAUUCAUAAACAUAAUCUAUUUCAAAAGCUUUGAGGAAUUCAGAAUGGAAAACCGCUUCUUAUUAUUGUGUCAUUUUUGCACAAUUUCUUUUCCUUUUUAUAUGACAUAUGAUGUGGCAAAUUUUUAAAAUAUGUACUAAGAUAUUAUAUAAAUAACUGUGAAGCAAUUUACCAUGGGAAUAUAUUGUUUCAUUGCAUGAUAACUUACCUGUUUUGAAAUAUGCUAUCUACAUAUAUUCAACACUUAACAUCAUAUUGAUAUUUAAAAAAAAACGAAGAUUAAUAAUACAAUGUCGCCUUUAAAGCCUUUAAAAUACCCAAAUACUAUACCGAGAAUUUCAUUUUAUAUGAAUGUCGAAUGUCAACUUUCGGGAUAUUAAUAACUUAUUGUUAGCUCUAGUUUGUUGUAAAAAAAAACAAAUGUGUUUGGGAAAAGAUCGAUACAAUUUUUCUUUAAGACCUUUGUAUAAAUGGACAAAGUCAGAAAAUAUUUUAUGAUCAGCAGCAUUUUCCUAAAUCGCAAAGGAUCGAUUUGUUAAGUAUCACAUGACUAAAGGGACUUGCCAAGAUUUUGAUCGAUAAUGUCUAUGUUUAGGUAGCAAGGAUUGUCAAAGUCAUCAUAGAGUAUUAAAAUAAUUAUGGGUAUCUUUAGUAAGUGAUUUGUAAUUCUUAUGAAAACUCUGAAGUCAGUUGACUGGCAGGAGCCAACAAUAAAGUCCACGUAUGAAAUAAUUGUGUAUAUUAAAAAAAAACGAUUGUAUUGUGUGCGUUUUGAAGUUAUAAUAUGUAAAUAAAAUGAGUGUAUCAAAGGGAUUGCCGCAAAACGUAUAUUUGUAUCAAAAUUAAACUUUAGCAUUUAGUUUUUUUAAUAUCACUUGUUUGCUACUCGAAUAUUUUGUGAAUCAGUUAUAAAUUCACCAAGUUGAAUGGUUAUAAUUUCACCAAGAGAAUUAUUCUAUGAAUUGACAUCCUGCUUGUGUUUUACUGUAUCUAUAUGUUAUUUAAAUUUAAUAAUUUCAAUAGUUAUGUGAUUUAUGACGCAUUAAAGUAGUCAAACAACA